AUGAGAUUUAAAAAUGGGUUAGAGAUGAAAAAAAGUAUCCAACAGAUCUAUCCUCUACACCAAAAUCCAAGCAAUCCAUACGAGAGCACCAACGAGUUCAAAAAGUCCAUAAAAUACUACCUUGCUGUUAUUGCACUUGGUCUAAAUCUUAGCGCUGUAAAUUCUUGCAAUAUUAGGUAUGUGGAUAGCUAUUUAACUAGCGCGGGAAUAAGGAUGGCGGGGAGAUUAUUGAAAAAGUGAUUGAAUGUUUUUCAGGAAAAGCGCCUAUCAAUCAAUACUAUAUUUAGUAUAAUAUUAAUAGCUUUACAAAUUAGCGUAAAUUAUAAUACUUAGUGAUUAAUUUGAUAUUAAAAGAAAGUAUGAAAAAGAAAAUUUAGAGUUCUUUGGAGUAGAAGCUGUAAUUGGAGCUUCUAUAGGUCUUGGUUUAAGCCUUGCAGCUCUAUCACCUUUAGUGAUGUGGUAUUAUUGGGUUUUACCUAUUGUAGCAUUCUAUAUAAAAAGUUAUCUUUGAUAUCCAAGUUUCCAAAAAGAAGGAAUAUAUCUAUGGUAGGGAUAUUGUUAACUACUGCGGCAGUAGUGGAUUUACUCUAUCCGACUGUAAGUUCUUUGCUUCCUGGUGUGUAUUCAGUACAUGGUCAACCGCUUUGGUGUGGUAAUUGCCGCUCGGAUUGGUGGGAGUGGCGUCAGCUAUAUGUGCGGCGAAAUAUACCAUGUUGCUUGUAGUUAAAAAAGGUUGCAGAAUACUGUUUAGGAAAAGCACCUACUUAACAGUAAUGUAUUUCAUUUACAUUUACAUUAAUGACUUUACAAAUAAGUAAAAAAUUAUACUACCUAUAGUGAAUUUAAUAUUGAGAGGGGUAUAUGGAUAAAGAGUAUUUAAAAGAUUUAGGGACGAUAUCCGCGAUAGGAGCUAUGGUAGGAUCUUCUAUAGGUUUGGGCUUAAGCUUUAUAAGACCUAUUACCUUGGUUAUUGAUUGCAUUAUCAGUUGUUCACUUCUGUAGCACUGACUAUUAUCUAUAUAAUAAUGUGGUCAUUUUAUAUACUCAAGAAGAGCGUCAUGAGGAGUAUCUAUAUUUCUACGAAACUUUAACGCUAAUUAUUACAGUAAUUAGUGUUGCUUGUGGUGUUGUUGCAAACUCUUUAUUUUUUGAUGUAAUAUCAGAUAUAUAGCCAGCCAUUUUAGCUGUUGCAGUAAUGGGGGGCGUUAGGAGAGGUAUCAGCUAUUCUUGUGAAUAGAUGUAUCAUAGAGUCCGUACUUAAAAAAGUUUGCAAUAUGCUUUUCAAAGGAAGUGUCUGAUUAGCAGUAAUACACUUAAUUUAUUUUAAAGCAAUUACGUUAUAGAUUUUAUUACGCUAAUAAGUAAUUUUUCCAGGCCUUUUCUAAUUUUAGAAGAUAUGCUUUCGAUGAGAUGAUUUUUUUCUGUUUUCACAAAAGCUAAAUUUUACUAACAUUACAGUAGUUUUUUAAAGUUAAAUUUAAACAAAUUAAAGUGUAUGAUGUAAUUGUAAUUUUACAAGAUGGUAAAUACUUUUUGGGAAAAUCAGUAGGCAAAAAAGGCAAAUGCAUAGGAGAGUUGUGUUUUACUACUGGUAUGACAGGCUAUCAGCAUACUAUAACUGACCCUUCUUUUGCUGGCCAAAUUAUUACAUUUACUUUUCCUCAUAUUGGUAAUGUUGGGAUAAAUAGUAAGGAUAAUGAAGGAAAAAAGAUUUUUGCAAGUGGUGUAAUUAUGCGAGAGCUUUCAUCAGCAUCACAUCCAUCUUCUUAUAUUGGCAUCAAUGAUUGGUUAAAAGAAAACGAUGUAAUUGGGAUAUCUGGCGUUGAUACUAGAGCUUUAACUAGGCAUUUGAGAGAUCAUGGAUCACAAAAUGGCAUGAUAUGUCCGUCAGAUAACAUCAAUCUAGAUUGCAUUUUACAAGAAUUAAGCGAGUAUAUAUCUGAAAAUGGAGUGGAAACAACUAAUAAAGUUAGUUUAAGCAAUGCUUUUCAAAGCAACUCUGAUGCAAAGUAUAGAGUUGCAAUAGUUGAUUUCGGAGUUAAGACUAGUAUAGUUUUGCGUUUAAUAGAGUUGGAUUGUGCAAUUAAAUUAAUAAAGCCAACAAAAGGCUUUUCUCAGGAGGUAUUAGGUUUUAAGCCGGAUGGUAUAGUGUUUUCUAAUGGUCCUGGUGAUCCAAAGGAGAUAGGAAAGGGUGUUACUUCAGAAAUAGAUAUUAUUUUAAGAUCCAGAAUACCAGUUUUUGGUAUAUGUAUGGGGCAUCAGUUACUUGCAAUAACUCUUGGGGCAAAAACUGUUAAAAUGAGUAGUGGUCAUCGAGGAAGUAACCAUCCGGUUUAUGAAAUAAGCAGUGAAAAGGUCGAAAUAACCAGUCAAAAUCAUGGUUUUGUUGUUGAUUCAAAAUCAUUUCCCAGUAAUGUUAAUGUUACUCAUAUUUCAUUGUUUGAUGGGAGUAUUGAGGGGAUAGCUGUAAAGGACCAUCCGAUAUUUUCUGUCCAGUAUCAUCCAGAAGAGGCACCUGGCACGCAUGAUUCACAUUAUUUAUUUAAGCGUUUUAUUGAUAAUAUCAAAUUGCAUAAAGCGUAA